UUCGCUGGAGAUUCCUCAAAAGAACAUUUCUUUUUCCCUCUUUUUCUCUCACAAGUGAUCAUACCAGGUAAGAAGGUAUGUCGGAGACUCCGACCGAAUCAACUGAUUUGACAGAGGCUGAGGAUGGCACGCCCGUUCGGGAAGUUUGUGCCAAUGGGGUGUGCAUGCAAACAGCUGAUGUCGAAGCAAAGCUCGACGAGGGAAACAUUCAAGAAGCCGAAUCCGCUUUGCGUGAAGGGCUAUCUCUGAGUUUUGAGGAAGCACGAGCUCUACUAGGGAGGUUAGAGUACCAGAGAGGAAACGUGGAAGGUGCUCUGCGUGUGUUUGAUGGCAUUGAUCUUCACGCGGCUGUACAGAGAAUGCAACCUUCCACAGAGAAACAACAGUCUUCUAAAAAGGGGAAACCAAAGAUUGAUCCCGGAUCAGCUGUCUCGCAGCACGCUGCAAGCAUGGUGCUUGAGGCCAUCUAUUUGAAGGCCAAGUCUCUCCAAAAGCUACAAAGAUUUACUGAGGCUGGCAAUGAGUGUCAAAGCAUACUGGAUGCAGUGGAGAAAAUAUUCUCUACCGGUAUCCCUGACGUCUUAGUAGAGACUAAGCUUCAAGAAAUAGUUAGCCACGCCGUUGAGCUCCUCCCAGAGCUGCGGAAACAAGCCGGGGCCUACCCUGAGGCCAUGUCCGCUUACCGGCGAGCCCUCCUAAGCCAAUGGAACCUAGACAACGAAUGCUGCGCCAGGAUUCAGAAAGCCUUUGCCGUUUUCCUUCUAUACAGCGGAGUCGAGGCGGGCCCGCCGAGCCUGUUCGUCCAAAUCGACGGCUCCUACGUCCCCAGGAACAACCUGGAAGAGGCCAUUCUUCUCCUGAUGAUCCUCAUGCGCAAGUUUUACCUCGGGAAGGCGACGUGGGACCCAUCCGUUCUCGACCACCUUACUUUCGCUCUCUCCGUGUGUUCCCAGACGUCCGUUCUGGCAAAGCAGCUCGAAGAGGUCAUGCCGGGUACCCUUAACCGGGUCGAGAGGUGGAAGACGUUGGCCCUCUGCUACAGUGGCGCAUCCCAAAACGGAACGGCUAUGGACCUACUGAGGAAAUCGUUGCAUCCGAACGAGGACCCGGACGAUGUCAUGUCCUUAUUGUUGGCUGCCAAGGUCUGUAGCGAAGAAGACACUCACCUCGCUUCCGAGGGGGUGACCUACGCGCGUAGGGCUAUAUCCAUAUCUAUAUCUAGUAAUUCUGAAGACCUAAAAGGUGUGGGUCUUUGGAUGUUAGGGCGCUGUUUGGCAAACCAAGCGAAAACCUCUUCUUCGGAUUCGGAGAGAUCCCGCCUCCAGUCCGAAGCUCUCAAAUCGCUGGAAUCCGCCAUUGCGACGGAGAGGGAAAAUGCCAACCUGAUGUUCGAGCUCGGGGUUCAAUACGCGGAGCACCGGAAUUUGAACGUCGCGUUGCGGUACGCCAAACAGUACCUUGACGCGACGGGGGGAUCGGCGAUCAGAGGGUGGAGAUUUCUGGCGUUGGUUCUUUCCGCGCAGCAGCGGUAUUCGGAGGCGGAGGUGGUGGUCGAUGCGGCUCUGGACGAGACAUCGAAGUGGGACCAAGGGCCGCUUCUCCGACUGAAGGCCAAGCUGAAGACUAGCCAGUCGCUUCACACAAGCGCCAUUGAGACUUACCGUUGCCUUCUUGCGCUUGUCCAGGCUCAAAAGAAAUCUUAUGGCCCCCUACGGAUUGCACCUCAGGCGGAGGAAGCUAAUGUGAAUGAAUACGAGGUUUGGCAUGGUCUUGCGAAUCUUUAUUGUAGCCUUUCGCGCUGGCAAGAUGCGGAGAUAUGCUUGGGAAAAGCCAGAGCUCUCGUCGAGUACUCCCCCGAGACUCUUCAUAUAGAAGGUGUGAUGCACGAAAGGAGGGGAGAAACCAGCAAAGCCAUGGCUGCAUAUAUAAACGCUCUCUUAUUAGAACCAAACUAUGUGCCAUGCAAGAUCUUGCUCUGUGCUUUGGUCACAAAGAUGGGCCCCAAGAUGCAGCCCGUGGCCCGAACCCUGCUCUCGGACGCCCUGCGGCUCGACCCGACGAACCGGAUUGCGUGGCACUACAUGGGCUGCGUCCACCGGAACGAUGGCCGGAUUGCAGACGCCGCCGACUGUUUCCAGGCGGCUUCGAUGCUCGAGGAGUCGGAUCCCAUCGAGAGCUUCGCUUCUCUUCUUUGAAACUGCCCCGCCGCGACGAGAGGGGCAUAUUUGUCAUUGUCGUUGGCGGUGGAAAAAAUAUUCACUCGAACGAUUGUCACAAUGCAGUAAGGUCUGGGAGAGUGUGUGUACGUAGACCGUUUCCUUACUUGGGAAGUAGAGAAAAUAUUUACUUGAGAAUUGGAUUAAAUUGUUCAUUCUUUCAUUCUUUAUUUAAUUAAUGUUAGACUUAUGU